AUGGAUUUUGUCGCUGGAGCCAUCGGAGGAGUCUGCGGUGUUGCUGUGGGCUACCCCCUGGACACGGUGAAGGUCAAGAUCCAGACAGAGCCCAAGUACAGGGGCAUCUGGCACUGCGUCUGGGACACGUAUCGCCGAGAGCGGGUGUGGGGCUUCUACAGAGGCCUCUCGCUGCCCGUGUGCACCGUGUCCCUGGUCUCGUCCGUGUCUUUCGGCACCUACCGCCAUUGCCUGGCACACAUCUGCCGAUUUCGGUAUGGCAGCACGGACAUCAAGCCCGCCAAGACUGACAUCACGCUCUCGGGAUUUGCCUCCGGCUUGGUCCGCGUGUUCCUGACCUCGCCCACCGAGGUGGCCAAGGUCCGCCUGCAGACGCAGACGCAGCAGCGGCGCCCCUCGGCCUCGUGGCCCUCGGCCGUGCCCCCCGUGUGUCCCGCGCCCCCCGCGAGUUCGGGCCCUGGGCCCAAGUACCGAGGACCUCUGCACUGCCUGGCUACGGUGGCCCGUGAGGAGGGGCUGCGGGGCCUCUACAAGGGCAGCUCGGCCCUGCUCUUCAGGGACGGCCACUCCUUCGCCACCUACUUCCUGUCCUACACCAUCCUCUGCGAGCAGCUCACCCCCACGGGCCGCAGCCAGCCAGAUGUGCUGGGCGUGCUGGUGGCCGGGGGCUGUGCCGGGGUCCUGGCUUGGGCCGUGGCCACACCCAUGGACGUGAUCAAGUCGCGCCUGCAGGCGGACGGCCAGGGCCAGCGGCGCUACCGGGGCCUCCUGCACUGCGUGGUGAGCAGCGUUCGGGAGGAGGGGCCGCGGGUCCUCUUCAAGGGGCUGACGCUCAACUGCUGUCGUGCCUUCCCCGUCAACAUGGUGGUCUUUGUCACCUACGAAGCCGUGCUGGGGCUCACCCGCGGCCUGUCCACCUAG